CAUGGUCAACAACUUCACUUUCUGGCAUCGUGGGCGGAGCAAUGGCCGGAAAACAGGUCGGCGGCGAGGGAUUACCGGCGAACCUCGCCGGAAUGUCGAAGAACCAGCUCUACGAUAUCAUGUCUCAGAUGAAGAAUCUAAUCGAACAGAACCAGCAACAGGCGAGGCAGAUCCUCAUCCAAAACCCUAUGUUAACCAAAGCGCUUUUUCAGGCACAAAUUAUGCUUGGAAUGGUUCAACCACCUCAAGUGGUUCCAAAAGUUCAGCCAAUAGUUUCGCAGAACAAUCAGCAGUCAGUACAACCAACACAACAACCAAAUAUUCAGCCUGCUCCGUUAUUGCCUGGGCUCGGUGGUGCACAGGAUCAAGCAGGUGUGUCUCAGACCCAAAUUCCUUCGAGGAAACACCAGAAUCAACCUUCGGUGCAAGUUUCAUCUGCUGUUCCUGCUAUGAGUCAUCAAUCUCAGCCUAUGGCUGCACAUUCUUUGCCAAUGCCACAACAGCCUAAAGGACAUUUGACUCCACAAGUGGCUCCAGUGUCUCUUCCGCAAUCAUCACAACUCCCAAACAUACCUCCACCUUCUCUUCAUUCACCGUCACAGCCUCUUCAUCCAACUCAAAUUCCAACUGCUUCAAGCCAGUCACAGCAACCAUUGCAGACACCUGGAUUUCUACAUAUGCCUCUGCAACCACCACUGCCUCAGCACAGACCACCUGCAGUGCCAACCUUCCAUCCCCAAUAUCCCCCACAAAUGGGUGCAAACUUAGGUUUUCAACAUGCUGGUGCUUCUCACAAUCUUCCACAAUCCAUGUUUCAUCCAGGUUCAAAACCUCCUGCUAGUGUUGGAUCCACGUUUCCACAGGGGCAGACACCACUUCCAAGUCAACAAUCAUCUCAGCCACCUUAUCAGGUUGGGAAUAUGCCUUUAGGACCUGACUUCGGGAAUCAAGGUGGAAAUGCUAUGCAAAUAGACAGAGGGUCUUCUUGGAUUGGUCCCUCAGAAAACCUAGCACAUCUUUCCGGUCCUCCUGGUCAGAUGGGUGCUGCUCUUCGGCCUCCUGCGUUGACACCAGAGAUGGAGAAGGCGCUGCUUCAGCAAGUGAUGAGCCUCACACCGGAGCAGAUAAAUCUGCUUCCUCCAGAACAAAGAAAUCAAGUGCUGCAGCUACAGCAGAUGUUGCGUCAAUGAUGCAAUCCAUCAAAGUUAGUUCUUCCAGUUUGGCAGAGAUUACUGUGACGUAUAUAAUAUUCAAACUAAUUGGCUGCCAAGUUUUGUAGAAUUGAUGUAACAAAAUAUAGACCAUAUUAUUCUUUUCAUCUGGAGUUUGGCUCCAAUUAAAUGUCAGCCUUUAGUUGGUGGAGCUAUUUGCAAAAGUUUGUACCAUCUUCCAUAUUCCAUAUUUUAUUGUUAAUUUCACUUCCACAAUUUUACAAGUUAUCCA